GGUCUAUCCAAACCUCCUCUGCAGCCUCAUCUCGGCUUAGGUAGUCUUUCUGAAGCCCAGCCAGGAGGAGAUCAUAUCAGGUGAGCCGUAGCGGGAUGUUGUGCGGCGAGUUUUCGAGCCGAGCAUCGCCCCUCAGCCUGAGCCUGCACCUGAGCCUGGCCGACACGCGCAGCCCCUACUUCACUCUGCUCGCCUUCUGCCAGGGCAUGGCCGCCUUCACCGCCGUCCCCGACGACGACGACAUCUUUCUCGAGAACGGGCUGCUUAGCUACCGGAACCCCAACUACCACCUGGACCCGGCGCGGCUCGACGAUGCGCUCAACUCCAACACGGAGCAGCUGUACGAGGAGCUGUUCAGCGAGCUGGACGCCGUGUGCAACCUGUCGGCGCAGCAGCAGCAGCAGGCGGCGCCCAGCGCCCCCGCUUCCGGGCCGGGCCGGCGCGCCUACGCCGCCCUCGACAUUGGCUCCAUGGGCGUCGACGUCAGCACCGGGCCCGUCACCGCGCUCGGCGACGCCGCCGACGACAACCUCAACAACGCCAGGGACGAAGAGAACACGGCGCUGGCCGGCGCGUUGGACAACAACUCGUUCAACGACAACGCCAACACUGUGAUGGGCCGGCGCUCUCUCGAUCUGACGACGUCUCUGCGCGCCAAGCCAGACCUCAUCGAGACGGCGGAACGCCGCGACAGUAAUGGAGAAAAACCAGAAAUUCCUCAUGUUGCUGGAUCUUUAAACAAUGAUCUUUAUGCAGUCCCUGUGAAGAGGCGACCCCAUAGCCUCGAGAAUGAUUUGCCACCCGGGUGGGAGAAACAUGAAGAUAAUGAUGGGCCAUAUUACUGGCAUAUUAAAAGUGGCACAAUCCAGAGAGAACCUCCAUCAGCUACAUCAGCCAUUAAAGCAGAAGCCAAGAGACCACUUGUUCAGGAAUCUGAGAGUGUAAUUAGUAGUAGUUACCAGUCUCCUGUGAUUGCGUCUGUCACCAGGAGUAAUACAAGCUCUGCUUUGGAAGAAUUAGAUGGCAAGAAGAAGGAAGAACGUAAAGAAGAAUUAGCUCUGAAGAGACGUAGUUACCCUGCUCGGCCAGAACCAGAGAGCAAGGAGCGUCCAAUAAGAUUUGCUGUUAGGUCUCUUGGUUGGGUUGAAAUUGCAGAAGAAGAUCUCACACCAGAACGUAGCAGCAAGGCUGUUAACAAAUGCAUUGUUGACUUAUCACUAGGCAGGAAUGAUCUGCUUGAUGUAGUGGGAAGAUGGGGUGAUGGCAAAGACUUGUUCAUGGACUUAGAUGAAGGAGCACUGAAGCUUAUUGAUCCUGAAAAUUUGACAGUUCUAAAUACUCAACCAAUUCAUACAAUUAGAGUAUGGGGAGUAGGACGAGACAACGGAAGGGAGAGAGACUUUGCUUAUGUGGCUCGUGAUCGUACAACAAGAAAACACAUGUGCCAUGUGUUCCGUUGUGAUAUUCCUGCCAGGACGAUUGCCAAUACUCUUAGAGACAUCUGCAAGAAGAUAAUGAUUGAGCGAAGUCUACAGCAGAAUCUGGCUAAACCUAUUGAUAUUAGUGGUACUGGAGGAGGAGGACGAUCUGGUCUAGCAGCUCGUCCCACAAAUCUGCCAACAGAACACAGGCGAUUCCAUCACAGGAGUGGUCAAGCAUUAGUCACACAGUCCUUUCCAACUCCAAUGGAGGAACCCAAAAAGGUACUCAGAGCACAGUACCUCGGAUCAACACAAGUGACUAAGGCCACUGGUAUGGAUAUUCUCAAUGACGCAAUUGAUCAGAUGGUGGCCACAGUCCCUCAUGACAAGUGGUGUACAGUCAAUGUUGCUGUUGCUCCAUCAAUGAUUUCAAUUAUGCUGCCAGGGGAGGAAAGUAAGCUAAUUGCCGAAUGCCGAGUUCGGUACCUUUCAUUCCUUGGGAUUGGACGGAAUGUAAAGCAGUGUGGUUUCAUCAUGCACACUGCACAGGAUCUCUUUAUGGCCCAUGUAUUCCAUUGUGAACCUUCAUCUGGAGCAUUAUGCAAGACUGUUGAAGCAGCCUGUAAGCUAAGGUAUCAAAAAUGCUUGGAUGCACAUCCACAAGGACUAGGUCGUGGCCAACAAAAUGCUCAGACUCCAGGGAAAGGUCUGGGUGCUACAUUGAAGUCUCUUGUUGGAAGCCUUACUGGCAGAAGGCUGCGUGGCAGUGAGUCCUGAGAUGAGGCCCUCUCACUGCAGGAGCUAUGGCCGCUGCCUGCUGAGCGUGAGGUCAUCAGGCACCGCCACCUGCAGUCACCCCUGACUUUUCGCUACUUCAGCAGCAGUCCGCCCUCAGCCAGCUUGCGUUCCCUCCUUUCACCUACACUCGACACCAGGAGGCUACCCCAUCGCUGGCACUAACACUUCAUUGUGUGUGUUUGUGUAUAUGGUAGAGGAAUAUCUACCUUCAAGAUUAAGGACAUGACAUUUUGAUUUGUAAUCAGCAAGUUUGAGACUUGAUAUUGUUUGUGAGAUCUGAAAGUGGAAUGUGUAAAACUUAAGCUCUCUUCAGAAAUAUCAUUGGUACUGAUUCUCUGACUUGCAGCUUAGAACUGUAAUUAUAUAUGUUUUGAAAAUAAAUUGUACUAUUUUUUAAAAGAAUGAUGUGUCAAUGCAGUGAUGUGAACAUCUGCAUAAGAAGGAAAUCCAUUUACAGAUUCAAUGAUGAAGGUUUAGGUCCCAAGAUCAGGAGAGACAGCUUUCCAUCCAGCUAAUUUCUUUUAGAGAUCUGAUUCAUUAAUGUGUGUAUAUAAGUUUACUAUAUUUGUUGUAAUCUUAUAUUCCAUCUUAAUAUGAAAGCAAAUUUUGUGUAUCCACUGAUAUGGUAAUCAUAGUACCAAAUUAGUUUGUAAGUGUGUAAAUAUUAUUUCAAAAAAAUUAAGGAAGUUUUAAAUUAGUUAUUGCUGUCUUGCACAGAGAAAGAAGCAGUCAACAUUUUCUUUCCAACCUGUAACAGAUCUUUGGCAGUUUUAUAUGAAAAAUAGAUUAAUUUGAGAUUGCAAAGUAAAAUGAUGUAUUCAUAUGUAGAACAUGGUACAUAUUCUUGCCACUGAUUUUCACCUUUUUUCUAAAUUUUUCCUUAAGGAAUUGUGGCAACAUUUGUGUUCUGAUCUAUUUCUCCUUUAAAGUACAAUUUAAUUCAGAACAAAUUUAAAAAUUUGUUAGUCAUUCUUUAAUUCAAUUAUCACCAUUACAAGUAAAGAUGUCAAGACAGCAACAUGCAUAAUAUUUUCAUUACAUGAAUUUAAAAUGUCUGAAGUGUGAUUGCAAAUGCUGACUGGAAAUGAAGAGUAUGUAUCUGCUUUUGUAAAGUUUGUAUGUACAUAUAUAAAUGUUACAUAAGAAUGCAGGAUGAGUAGAAUGGCCUGGUGUGUGACAUAGUUCUUUCUCAUGUAAAUAAUUACACAUAGAGGCUUUUCUUGGAGUAACAGGGAACAAACACGUUGCAAAAAUGUAGUAGUGUCUUCAUGUCACUGAGUGUGUUAAAAUGAACCUUUAACUUCUAAUGGCAUUGAAAAUUAUUUUGUGUGAUCAAAAGACAGAAAAGAUUAAGUAGCAGUUAAUUCGUGAGAAUAAUUUAAUAUUUUGUUUAAUAUUGCACCAGAAACCCCACAAUUUUUAUCAUUUUAAUUCCUUUGCUAUGAUCUAUAAUCAUUCAUCAUUUAUUUGAAUGAAUUUCAUUGACUAGUAUAUACAUUUUCAAUUAACAAUUUAAAAAAUGACUAAGUUAUGUGUUAAUUUCAAAAUUUAAUUUAGUUCAGUGAUGAUCUGCAGGAUACCUACAUCUAUUUUUACAUAAAGUAUUUAUUUUAUGCGAUGUGUAUUCAAGGCAACCAUUGUAGUUAGAAGUAGAAAUUAUGCAGUGUUAUAAAAAAUACUAUAAUCUUGUUAUUAAUGUCACGUUAUACUUCCUCAUACUAUACAAAGUACAGCACAAAUUAAGAAAUUUAUUUCUCAAAAAACAAUAUAAGUUGACUAUAGACUGAAAUAAGUUGAUUAAUGAUUCUGUGCAUUCUAGUGGAGAAUAAAUACUGCACACAAAUACACAUCUAGUACUUUCAGAAGUUUCAAAUCUGUAUUUCAUAACUGUUGAAAAGUGUUACUUAUCAAACAUCAAUUAAAAACAGCUUAAUAAAAAUCUUCGAGAAUAUUCACAUGAAUAGGAAUUUACGACAUGUUGUUUUAAAAAAAUAGAGCAUUCGUGAGCUCCCAUUCAUUUUGCCAAAAAAUGUGAGUCUGUUAACUUGCAUACUUGAAUGUGAUUACAGUAGUAAUGAAUCUUUGGCAAGGUUAAAAGUACACUGUGGUGGCUUAAUUUUGAUUGUCCUUAGUUUAAGUACAUCAAUGGUAGCUCUUUAUUCAUGCCCAGAGACCUGUUUAUAUUACCAAAAGACAAUAUGGUACACAAUGACACACAUAAUAACUUCUACAAGAUGACCAGUGUAUUAGAAAGAUCCAAUGAUAGGCUGAAAUUUCAGUUGUUCACCACAUACUGCUCUGUAAUUGCUGCAUCUGGCAGUAUUGCUGAUUUUUAUUACUUUUCAAAAAUUUUAUGUAUAUAUCAGUGUAUGCAAAAUUUGCAUAAGCACAUAGGAAUGGCUGCCAUGCCUUGUCUGUGUUAUGUUUUGUACUUUCCAGGGCAGCAGGCUUGGCUGUUGUGUAAUAUAAUGAUGGAACUUUAUGAAGGACUUGUAAAGUGUGACCACUACAUCAGACAUGGUUAAUAUUCUUUGUAAAAGACUUGCUAUACUCAUUGUCAUUUUCUCAUAGUAAAAAAAUAUGUGUAUAAAA